CAUCCAGUUCAAUAUGACCAGUCUGCAUUUGGUACCCUUGAACACCACCAUGCCAACAAGGAUUACAUCCAGUCUCUUUGAUGGAACUGAUAGUGGUGCGGCAUCACUUAGAAAAUCUGUGGACUUCUUAAUUCUACGGGGAGCAUACCUCUAUCUAUCAACACCACUUCUUCAACACCAGGGUGGUUUUCACUGGGACUCGCUUCCAACACGACCACUAUCGAGAGUUGGAGUAGGUUGAUUACGUCACUAUACCUCCACCAGAUGUUAUGAGUGUGCACUUGGUACACACAAUUGCGAGCAACUCUGUGAAAAUACGCCUGGCUCAUUUAUCUGCUCCUGUCGCAAUGGCUACUCUCUGUCAAUGACGAAGGACUUGCAAUGACAUUGAUGAGUGGUCUGGGUAUAGUCACGGAUGUGAUCAAGUUUGCACAACACUAAUGGGUCCUAUGCCUGCUCAUGUGUCGAUCGGUUUCACACUGCAAAGUGAUAUGCAGACAUGCAUAUCCGAUCCAACCCCACCACCUGAGCUUUCAACAAUGCAUCCCAAAGUUGUCACUCCCUCGACAUCUGUGACGAAUAUAAGUCCAUCUGGCACCGAAACGAUAACUCCCACAACACAAUCAGUUUCCGAGAUAAAGUCAACUCUUACGGAACUUUUAAUGACCGAAACAACCGUGACGGCUACAUCGCCUAUACUUGCUGGUACGCCAACACCUUUACUUCCAAAAACUCCCACAAACAUUUCACUAGCACCAACGGUGCUCUCGAAGCCUGCACCAACUUCAACAGAACUUUUA